CAUCUCUUUUUCGAGAUGACCUUGUCACUUGGCUGGACUUCAGCAGCUGAUCUGACCCGAAGAAUACUGGAAUGCUGGUACCCCUAUGACAUUGAGCGAUUCUGAUACUGUGAGCCUCUGUCUGAUUGCUUUGUCCUUCCGAUGUUAAUACAGAAUGUGGAGAACGAUGGUAAAAGUUGGCUCGCUCCUUUUGUGCUACUCCAGCCAAGAAAAGGCUUCUUAUUCCCAUGACGUUAAUGUUCUCACUCUCCUAGCAACACCCAGUUAAUUGAAAGUCAAGGAGGAGGAUUUGAUGAUCGGUUCCAGUUGGAUCGAAAGCUGUAUCCAUCAUCCCAAGGAGAAGAUGAAAUUUCCAUUCUAUUGGCCUUUUGUCCAAGCGGCCCAAUAACAUUUCGUUCUGGAUACUGGAAGAUAAAGACUGUUCUGGUUAUGGCUACUGAUCCUACGUGAUAAGUGUGCGGCCGCAAGCUCUUGGACUCAUGACUGGGUAUACCAUGUUGCGGAAUGGGGGCGUAGGCAACGGAGGCCAACCGUGGAUGUUACGAUGGUCCAGUCGCAUUCGUCUCACUUGGCUGAGCUUCACUCUGUUCAUCAUUCUCGUCUUCUUCCCUCUCAUUGCCCAUUACUACUUAACCACCAUAGAUGAUGCCGACGAUGCGGGCAAGCGCAUCUUCGGCCCCCGCACAGGCAACGAGCUGUGUGAGGUGAAGCACGUCCAAGAUUUGUGCCGCAUCCGAGAGUCGGUGAGUGAAGAGCUGCUUCAGCUGGAGGCGAAGCGGCAGGAGCUGAACAGUGAGAUUGCCAAGCUGAACCUCAAGAUUGAAGCCUGCAAAAAGAGUAUCGAAAACGCCAAACAGGAUUUGUUGCAGUUGAAGAACGUCAUCAGUCAGACGGAGCAUUCUUACAAAGAACUGAUGGCUCAGAACCAGCCCAAGCUCUCUCUGCCGAUCCGGCUACUACCGGACAAAGACGAUUCUAGCUUCCCUUUGCCAAAAUCCAACAGGAACUGCCGGCUACACAACUGCUUUGACUAUUCACGAUGUCCACUAACCUCUGGUUUCCCAGUGUAUGUCUACAACAGUGACCAGUUCAGUUUUGGGAGCUCCAUAGACCCUUCCAUUAAGCAAGCCUUUGAAUCCACUGUCAGAACUAAUGUGUACGUUACUGAAAAUGCAAACAUUGCCUGCAUAUAUAUCAUCCUAGUAGGAGAAAUGCAGGAGCCUGUCAUGCCAAAACCUACUGAACUAGAGCAACAGUUGCACACUCUGCCAUAUUGGAGGACUGAUGGACACAACCAUCUCAUUAUCAACCUAUCCAGGAAGUCUGAAACUCAGAACUUCCUUUAUAAUGUCAGCACGGGGCGAGCCAUGAUUGCCCAAUCCACUUUUUACGAUGUACAGUAUCGCCUGGGUUUCGACAUUGUGGUGUCCCCUCUGGUCUACGCUAUGUCUGAACCCAACUUCCUAGAGAUCCCACCCCAGGUGCCAGUCAAGCGAAAAUACUUAUUCAGCUUCCAAGGGGAAAAGGUUGAAUCUCUCCGAUCUAGCUUACAGGAAGUGCGUUCCUUUGAAGAAGAAAUCGAAGGCAAUGCGCCGGCAGACUAUGACGAUAGGAUCAUUGCUACCUUGAAGGCUGUUCAGGACAGCAAGCUAGACUUUGUCUUGGUCGAAUUCACAUGUAAGAACCAGCCCAAGCCAAGCCUGCCCACUGAGUGGGCUCUUUGUGGAGAAAGGGAAGACAGACUAGAGCUACUGAAACUAUCUACUUUUGCACUGAUAAUCACGCCGGGGGACACCCACCUUGUCGUCUCCGCUGGGUGUGCCAUGAGACUGUUUGAGGCUCUGGAAGUUGGAGCCAUCCCCGUGAUCCUUGGAGAGCAGGUCCAGCUACCCUACCACGACGUGAUCCGGUGGAACGAGGCAGCCUUAAUCAUACCAAAGCCACGUAUCACGGAAGUGCACUUCCUCCUGAGAAGCAUUUCUGACAACGACCUCUUGGCCAUGAGGAGGCAAGGCCGCUUCUUGUGGGAGACGUACUUUUCCACCUCGGACAGUGUCUUCAACACAGUCUUGGCCAUUGUAAGGACUCGAAUCCAAAUCCCAGCUAUCCCCAUUCGAGAGGAAACAGCAGUGGAAAUCCCUCACCGGUCUGGCAAAGCUACCGGCACAGACCCCAACAUGGCUGACAAUGGGGAUUUAGAUUUGGGGCCAGUAGAAACAGAGCCGCCUUACUCAUCCCCCAAAUAUCUACGAAAUUUUACCCUCACCGCAAUGGACAUUUACAGAAACUGGAACUCAGCUCCCGGUCCUUUCCACCUCUUUCCCCAUACCCCCUUCGAUCCUGUUCUGCCAUCGGAAGCCAAGUUUUUGGGAUCAGGGACUGGAUUUCGACCUAUUGGAGGAGGAACCGGUGGCUCUGGGAAAGAGUUCCAAGCGGCGUUGGGUGGCAAUGUCCCAAGAGAGCAGUUUACGGUAGUCAUGUUAACCUAUGAACGAGAAGAAGUAUUAAUGAACUCCUUGGAGAGGCUGAAUGGUCUCCCUUACUUAAACAAAGUGGUGGUAGUCUGGAAUUCCCCCAAGCUUCCAUCAGAGGAUCUCCUGUGGCCGGACAUUGGUGUUCCAAUUGUGGUUGUACGCACAGAGAAGAACAGUUUGAACAACCGGUUUCUGCCCUGGGAUGAGAUAGAGACAGAGGCCAUCUUGUCUAUUGAUGAUGACGCCCAUCUUCGCCACGACGAGAUUAUGUUUGGAUUCCGAGUCUGGAGAGAAGCCAGAGACCGCAUUGUUGGAUUUCCUGGGCGGUACCAUGCAUGGGACAUUCCUCACCAGUCCUGGCUCUACAACUCCAAUUAUUCCUGUGAACUGUCCAUGGUGCUGACGGGUGCGGCCUUCUUUCACAAAUACUAUGCCUACCUGUAUUCAUACGUGAUGCCACAGGCUAUCCGUGAUAUGGUGGACGAAUAUAUCAACUGUGAGGAUAUUGCCAUGAACUUCUUGGUCUCUCAUAUCACCCGGAAGCCGCCUAUCAAGGUGACCUCCCGUUGGACUUUCCGCUGCCCCGGCUGCCCUCAGGCUCUUUCUCACGACGACUCCCACUUCCACGAGCGGCACAAGUGCAUCAACUUCUUUGUCAAAGUCUACGGCUACAUGCCUUUGCUGUACACCCAGUUCCGCGUGGACUCCGUCCUCUUCAAGACCCGGCUGCCCCAUGACAAGACGAAAUGCUUCAAGUUCAUCUAGAGACGAUGGGGAGGCAGCCUUGGCAAUGGACUUCAGGCCCCUCCCAAGGUGUAAGGAGGAGGACUGCCCAGAGAUGACGACACCCCCCCAUCUCCCUUUUCACUCUCGAGUAGACACGAGCAGGGCAAGCCCCGCUAGAACUGUAUGGAGUGGGGCCCAGCUCAGAGACUCAGCCUCGAAUAAGUGGAUGAGGAAUAAAAACAGAGACACUGGUUUAGUCGCCCAGCUAGUGGGUUAUCCAAGGGCAAAACUGGGGUUUUUAAAAUAAUAAUAAUUAUUUAAAACAGAAGUGUUUUAGAUAUGCCUCGUCAUGAGGCUUUGGGCAGGGGUGGGGUCGGGCAGGGAGGGGGGAACAAAUAUUUCACUUUGGUUCUUCUCCGUACCCCGUCCGUAUGUUGGUUGGGGAGAAGCAGAACCCCAGGGCGAGGGUGGAGAAGCACCCCACGCUUCAUGCUAGCCCGGCGUGUUCUUGGGCCAGCCGCGUUUGGCCAUCAGAGGCCCUUAGUUGCUAGCCACUUUGUAUGUGGCACUUAAGAUCUGCUUGGGAUUGUGUGGAGGAAAAGGGUGAAUCUCUUCCAUUGAACCUCUUCUUCUCUCCUCCUCUGCUUCCUGUGACUGCUAAGGGAGAACCUGCUGCUGAGCUUCCCCCUUCGACUCCCAUUGUGGUAAAGUCACUUCUGGAAGCCCAUCUUUUCCCCUUGCACCUGCUGAUGGAUUGCGCUUUGACCCUCUUCCAGGUUGACUUCCCAGACCAUCAGACCAUCCAUUUCCUCCCCAGUGCCCGGUCCCUCCUCAGAAGGAAAGACACACACACACCCGGAGCCCUUUUCCUCAGCUCCUGUGUUUCUUUCUUUGCCACUUGAGGGUUAAUUCAGCUCGAGUAUCGCAGCCACCCGUAAGUCUUGGCUGAAAAGUCUUAAUUUAAGCCUUUCUUAAGCAGCACAGAAAGCUGCUCCAUUGUGUGUGACGACCGGGCCAAUGCAGUGGGCCGUUCUCCAAUACCCUGUUUGCAGUCGUUUUUCUGCAAAAGGAAUGCUCGGGGGGGUUGCGCAUGUGUGUUGUGUCUGUUUUUUUUUUUUUUUAUCUGUUGGAUGUGGCCUCUUAGCAACUCUGUCGCAAUCUGUUCUGUCACACACACAAACACACUACACACACACACACACACAAACCCCUCUCUAUGACAGGCUCAGGUGUCCUGUUUUGGUUUGCUAAUGGAAUAUACCCAAAUCCAUCCUCCAUUAGCAAUCUCUGUGCCUCUCCAGCCGACUCGCUAAUUCUGUGUCCCUUGCCCUCCGCAUCCUGAUCAACUCUCGUUUCCUGGUGGUUUCUCCCUCGCUCUUAGGAUUGGAGUGACAUUAACAACCAAAAGAUAAGCAACUGGUCCGGUAACCGGGAGCACUGAAGGGCGGCGGGACCAGCAAAAAAGGGCAUUUCCAAUGUUCUCAAACAUGUCAAUGCUGGCUCUUUUUCCAAGGGCAUCAUCUUCCUUUAAAAGUGUCCAUGUGUACACUUAAAAACCCUGGGGGCUUCUUGAUAUCAUUCCCUCCUGGGGCUGUGCUGCUCACCACUUCUUCUUUUUUUAAGACCGGCUGGUGCCAUUGCUUCAGAAGAGUACACUGGAGGGUGAAGUUACCGUAGGGCCCUUUGCAGCUUGAGUUCAAGUCUUCUAUUUCCAGUGGUCCUCAAAGGAUGGAAACAGAAGUGGGAAUGAGGAUCUUUCCCUUCAGCAGACCGUGAAGUAAGCCAGUGGGUUUCACCAGGCUGUGAACCCACAGGUCUAUAGUAUCCCACCUGAAAACUCUGCCGUAGUCUUUAUCCUCCCCUUUGGAAUCUUGGUAAUUAUGGCGAGAGGGCAGGAGAGGCAGACCCGACGGGAAAGGCAUUCUUUGGAAGUCCAGGGUUUGGUGUGCAGCUCCGUACAUUCUUUUCUUUCCCUCCGGAACGGUCUGUGGGAUACUGACCCGCUGUUCCCGGCUACGAGGAAUGUGUGGAAGCUCCGUGAGCACCAAAUUUUAAGUAGAGGUUUAAAAAAAAUGGGAAAUGGGAGGGAGGGAUCUAAAACCCAACACGAGCACAAUAUUCAUGUGUUGAAUUUUGUAAAAGGAGAAAAUAAACUCAGAGUUUAACUUG